CCUCGAUGAAACUCUCUGUGUUUGUUAAGUGGUCUGUCCCUAGCCACAAAACCGAGUCUGUAAAACCCUGUAGCUCCAGUGAAAAAAAGGCCUUCACACAUGUGUCUGCAUUUUCUGAUUCUUUUCUCUUUAGAUAAAGCUUGCUCUUAAGCAAAAGUCCUCUUGUUCUAAAUCUCUAGAUAUUUGGCAAUUGGCAUGGAGCUGCAGCUGAAUCAAUGGAGAGAGCAGCUAAAGAAGGAUGAGGCAGACCAAGAAGCAAAGCUGGCAGGGCUCUUUCUAUCUCAAAACCAUCAUCACUAUUCUUCAGCUCUUCCAUUAUUUGCACCUGAUGCUGAUGAGCCCACCUGCACCAAACUGUCAACUUAUUCACCUUCCUCUGCUACUGCACUAUCAAGUUAUAAAUAUGGGAGAAAACAAGGAGUGGGAGGUGGAAGAAGUUGCUUUAGUAUGGGGCAGUGGAAGGAGCUUGAAUUGCAGGCCUUGAUCUUCAGGCAUAUCAUAAAUGGUGCUUCUAUUCCUCCUCAACUCAUUCACCUCCUCAUCACCAACAAAAGCUUUAUUCUCUCCUCACCUUCUCCUCCUUAUUACCAAUACCCGCCUGCCUGGAUGCAAUCUUGGGAAAAGAGUGCUAUGGAUCCCGAACCAGGUAGAUGCAGGAGGACUGAUGGGAAAAAAUGGAGGUGCUCGAAAGACGCUGUGGCUGGUCACAAAUACUGUGAUCGCCACGUUCACCGUGGUAGAAACCGUUCAAGAAAGCCCGUGGAAAGUCCCACUCACAAACCUGCUGCUAAGCCUAAUGCCAGUCCUGCUAUUCCUGGUUCCGCCACUGAUAACAACGGUAACAGAGGUCUGUUCAAGUCGAAUACCAUGUCGCCAAUGUCAGCUGAGCCCCUGACAUUCAUCGGCGGUGGAAGCACCAGUUUCCCUCUAUCCAGGCCUUCAAAUUCCCCUGAUGUUCUCCAUUUCAACCAAAGGUCAGUUGAAUCUUUAGCUGAAACUAAAGGUCUAUCAAAUAUGGAUUCAUCUGAGGCUGAUAAAUCUGAUAGCCAGACUCUUCGCCACUUCUUCGACGAUUGGCCUAGAGCAAUUCAAGAGCCUAGAAAUACCAUGCAUAAUGCCAGUGUCGGAACCUCUCUGUCAAUAUCAGUUCCUGGAAAAACACCAACUUCUGAUGUUUCACUAAAAUUGUUCCCUUGUAUCGGGGAAGAGGCAGAGUCUGGCUCUGGAGAAGGAAAUGGUGAAAGAGAGGGAUCCCAAUUGCACUGGGGAACUACAUGGGGAGGAAACCAGAUGGGCGGACCAUUGGCAGAAGCCUUGAGAUCAUCAAGCUCUACUUCAUCGCCUCUGAGUGUUCUGCACCAGCUGCGUGCUUCUACGUGAGAAACACAAGCCAUAUCAACCCUUCAGGCUUGAGCUGAUUUGGCAGGGAAAGAUUUUCUGGCUUCUAUAUGGAAACAGCAGUCUGUUUUUCUGUUGUCUGUACUUCGUAGUCCAGCAUUAGUUGUGUAUAAAUUUCAUUCGCGCCUUGGUUCAACUAUCCCUGUAGACUAGUUUGUUUUUGGCUUGUAAUUAUACAGUCGCAAGCAUCAGACGGAUUGAGGUUGAGGUUCA